CAGACGACGACAGUCCGUUGAGAGUCGCCGUGGUGUGUUGUUGUCUGUUUUCUCGAAGCGGAGUGUUGUUUUGUUCCCCUCAAGCCUCAACGCAACGGCGGCGGCUGAAAAGCAAGGUGUCUCGUCAGUGUGUGCGUGUGGAGUGCGAUUUCCUCCUCGCUGGUGAAGAAAAGGAGUCAAAAGUUGUAGAGCUAGAAUCCAAGCUGAGUGAGAAUCUGAAUUUUAUCGAAUUUGAAUAGGAAGCGAUUUACGAGGCGAAGAGUGUUUUACGGGUAGAAUUUUAAUGAAAGUGCAAAUUGCGAAAAGAAUCCAGUGAAAAAUAGUCGCUUUUGUGAGGAGCGCUGUCGGAAGUGCGUGAUUGUUGUGUGUGUAUGCGUGAAGAAUAACUUUUAGGGCGAUUCCUGCCUCGACCCGAGCCCUAGAAAGGCGUUUGCGAGAAGUCAAGUUGUGAAAACCCGAAGAAAAGAAGAGCGGUUCGACCUUCCCUCGACGUUUUGACACAAGGUGCUGCUGUUUGUUGAAGGGCACCAUUUUCGACGUCGGUCCGGAGCCGGUGCGCAGCGACGGCCGGCAGGAUAUAUAGAAGUAAACGGCCGGUCCCUAAAUCGAUCCACACCCUCUCGGCUCGGUGUCGCGCAAUGAACCGUCGUCGUCGUCGUUGUCAAUAAUAUGGCCGUGGCUUGUGUGAAGAGUUCCGCCGGUCAGUUUUUCUCGUCGUCGUCGGGACCAAAUUCGUCGACGUCGUCAUCCAUUCUAUCCGGAUCGGUUGGAAGUGCUACGGGUGGUGGGAGUGGUAGUGGUGUGAUGAACGGAGGUGGUGGACAUAUGCAGAGCCAGCUGACGCGCUCGCUAGAGCGCAUCCUGGAGGAUGCCAAUCUCAGCGGGGAGCUGAAGCUCAGUGGGAGGAAGCUGAAGGACUUCCCGAAAGCGGCCGGGAAGUACAAUUUGAGCGAUACGGUCAUUGCAGAUCUGUCCCGCAAUCGGUUUUGCGAGCUGCCAGACGACAUCACAUCGUUGGCCUUCCUCGAACGGCUGCUGGUCUUUCACAAUACGAUACGCUCGAUACCGGAUACGAUCCGGGGACUGCACUCGCUAACCUAUCUAGAUUUAAGGAACAAUCAACUGUCGGUGCUGCCGCGCGAAAUUUGCUUCCUGCCGCUGCAAGUGCUGUUGGUGUCCAACAAUCGGCUCGUGACGCUACCGGACGAGCUCGGCCGGAUGGAGGAACUGACCGAGCUCGACGGCGCCUGCAACCAGAUCACGCACCUUCCUCCCCGGAUGGGUGACCUGCGCAAUUUGCGGUCGCUCACCCUGCGCAACAACCAGCUCGUUUACCUGCCGCGGGAUCUCACCUGUCUGCAGUUGGUGUUUCUGGACAUUAGCUGCAACCGGAUUGCCACCCUGCCGGUGGAACUUCGGCUGAUGGGGUCGCUGGUCGACCUGGAACUGUCGAACAACCCGCUGACCUCGCCGCCCGCAAGUCUCUGCGUGCGAGGCCUUGUGCACGUGUUCAAAUAUCUGGAAACAGCGGCAGCCAAAGAGGAGAAAUCCAAAUGCGGCACGGACGGCCAUGCCACCUUGCGGCGGUCCGCCCUAACGUCCAAAAACUCAACCGGAAGCCUUCUGGAUGGAACGCGGAAUCGACGGGCCCACGUAGACUCCGGCUACAGCACCAGCGACGGUGGAUUUGACGGUAAGCGCUGGUCGCAGGACGAUCCGCACGACUACGGCACCUGUUCACCCAAGUGGUCACCCAUUCCAAUGCACACCGGGUUCGCUGGCAAACCUCCGCCAGCGGGUUCUUCGUCUUCGGCACAACAACAGCACUCUCAUUCGGGUGGCUCCGUUGGUUAUUCUAAUCUGUUGUCGUCAUCUUCAGGUGCGAACGGUGGUCUUUCAGGUCUACUGGGAAGUGACUUUCAGGGCGGCGGCGGAGGAACACUGGAGGAAGAGUUUCGGAAGGGAGUUGCCCUGCUGGACCAGCAGGAGCGAAGGAAGUUGUCGAAUAAUAAUAGUAACGACAUUUCUCCGGAAGGUGAUGUAACGCCGGAUAGCAUGAAGGCUGACGAAAAGAUGCGAGCGCUUGGAAAUAUUCAAACAUACAGGGAAUACAAGGAAGCACUUCGUCAGCAACGCAGUCAAAACGACAUCUACCGACCCAAAGAUCAGCAGCCCCAAACUCCGGACAGUGGAGGAUCCGCCGGCGAUUCGCCGCUCAGCAAUUUUUCCCCGUACAAUAAGUCCCAGGCCACGACCCCCUCGCCAUCCGUGUACAGCAGCAGCAACCAAAGUUCUCCGCUCUCUCCCCACCACAGCAACAUCCACAAACUGAACCAAAUCAACGCCAAUAGCAAUCAUAGCAACAAUAAUAACAACAACAACAACGGUUUCAAUCCGGCCGGUCCCGGUUCUAGUCCGCUGCUAUCGCCCAACCGGAACAUUGUGGCGCCGUUCGAGGAAUCAUCGAACAGCACGGGCUCGACGCCCAACAAGCGGCCGGUCCAGAAGGUUAUCCCUUCGCGCAACAUUACCUCAACAUAUCAACAACAGUCCAGCCAAUCGCCGACGCACCUCAACGGGAAUCACGCGUCGACGGCGGCCAGCAACGGUAAAAUCCCCAUCCCCAAUGGGGGAACUCCAGUGAAAACAGCCCUAUCCAACAGUAGCUGCGCCGGAGAGUACGCCUACGUGAAACCGAACAGUCCCUGCAAGGGCUCCAGUGGUAUCCUGACGCACAACAAUGUUCCUUCGUCGAUUCCGAAACCGACCGCGGUGAACGGUAGCGGCGGUCUACCGCCGGCCAAUGGCAGUCAGAAACCGCUGACGGCCACCGUCGGUUACGUGAACAAUGCAAAACCGGGACAGAAAACGAAUAAAACUGUCUCGUGGAAUCGGGAUGUUCCGACGGAUAAGUUGAGCUUCACCAUGCGGCGAGAAUUCGACAAGCAGAAGGAGGAAACUGAACUGAUUGAGCAGCUUCGACAGAUAAUCGAAACUAGGCUGAAGAUGACCCUACCGGAGGAUAUUGCACCGGCGCUGACCGAUGGAGUUGUGUUGUGUCAUCUGGCGAACCACGUGCGACCACGUUCCGUUGGGAGCAUACAUGUACCUUCGCCGGCUGUGCCUAAACUUACGAUGGCCCGAUGUCGCCGGAAUGUGGACAAUUUCCUCGAUGCUUGUCGCAGGAUCGGAGUCGAUGAGGAGUUGAUAUGCUCCUGUCAGGACAUCGUGCCACCAUCAUCCCCACCGCCACCAGCAACACCAGCCGUUCCGGAUGUCCCGACGGAAUCGGAACCGGAAGAAGAGGACUGCCAGGUCCUGCCUCCAAACCCACCGGCAAUGUUCCGUACCGUAUUUGCGCUGCUCCAACGCGCCGAACUGAUGGCCGCCCACGGCCCGGUACAUCGUCCUACAUCUCCUCCUCCACCCCCUCCACCAUCCAUGAGCGGUAACAAUAACAACAAUCAGAAUACCGGUAAACCCAGCACACUCACUGCAGCCAACACCAAUACAACAAAAACGGCGGUAGAGGCCGAAAGAGAACACCUCGAGGAGCCGAACGGUAACUACCACCGAGCUUCCCCGAAUCCCUUGCAUAGCUUUGCCAAUAACCACUUGCUACGUAACACUUCCACCCCGAACGCCGCUAAAUCCUUGUUGUUAGAGUAUCACUUUGAUCAGGAGGAACAGGAAGAGGUCCUGACCGAGCGGGAGGAUGUGAUGAGGGUUCAGGCUAGGCUUAGGGCCGUUAGUGCUAGUGAGAGUGAGGCUAUUCUUCGGUACGGCGAUGGCGGAGGAGGAGGCGCGCUGGACGGAAGGAAUGUUCCGGCUUCGCUGGACCUCGGAACCGGCCCCAGUGGGCGCCGGAAGCGGAAGUUUCCCAGUACCAAGUUCGGCAGCGGAAGCAGCAGACGACCGGACCAAUCCGAUGGAGGAACGAACGGCAGCUUGAACGAGAUCGUAGAGGAAUGCGAGUACGACAGCGAUAUAGGGAAGUUCCGGUGUCGCCAGGGCGCCGGCGAUGACUACGACGAUUCGGAAUCGAGUAUGACCUCGCUGGAUGAGGAAGCGGCCUUCACGCCGACCAAUGCCAACCAGGUGGGAAUCAACGACCUGAACGGUACUACUCCGACCGGACCGGAAGCAGCGAGGAACGAUCCGGUGGAUUUUAAUAUUAACUCGGAGGAGAACGAUCCGGCCGGGACCGGAAGGAAGAUUGUCAGCAAGAGGAUCGAGUUUUGGGAAAGUAAUGCCGGAAGUGGGGACGACGGCAAAAUUGUUAAUAGUCCGUUGAGAAGGAGCGUUAGCGAAGAGGAUAACGUUAGUGAGGAGGGCAAGAAUUUGGACCGGAUGGCGAACCAUCCGACCAUUUCCACGAUUCUGUGCUUGGGAACGUUUAUUUUUACGGUCGUUUAUCUGUAUUUGUAUCCACUGCCCAAUUAGUGUGGGCUGAAAUUGUGGAGAUGGCGACCCUUGAUUUGUUAAAUUUUUAUCAGAGUUUUUCAUAUUUCUGUUAAUUUUACAAGAGAGAACGAAGAUUUCUUAUUUUUUCGUAAAUUGCGGUACAACUUAUUUUAGUUGAUUACGUAUUUAUGUCAACUUUUAUUUAUUAAGGUUUUUAAUUUUUAAGAAAAGCGAUUUGCAAAUAAAGGUGUAAGUGAAUUGAUCUGCUUUGAGAUCUGUAUUUCUCAAUUUCAAUCAGGAGUGUUUGGGUUGAAAAUACUAUGCAAAAUGAGGAGAAACUAGAAAAAAAUCAGAUUUUUCAUUCCUUUCGAAUCGCACAGAAAAGAAUUGUUAAAAUCGUAAUGCAAAUAGAAUAAUUGGCUCUUAGAUUGGUAAGUGGAUCAUUUUUAAUUGCUCGCAAAAUACCAUUCCAUUCGAACCCAUGAAUUUCGUCUCCAAAAUUUUCAUAAUUCGUUGACAGGCAUUAUCUCAGAAUACAAUAGGAACUUAUGAAUGAGAAGAACUUGACGAAACAUUAAGAAUUAAUUGAACAAAAAAAUGGGAAGAUGGAGUUACUAAAUGGAUACAUUUCUCAAGUUUUUCGUUUUUUAAAACAAAAAUUUCAACACUUGCCUUUUUGACAUGUGUGUUGGACAGCCCUGCGAAUGAACUUUGCAGAUAAAUAGUUCAUCUACAGGGCUUGGAUUUAUCCAUCGAUGAAUCGAAUU